CCUUCAAAUUAAAACCCGCAACAACCGAAAAACCCCUCCCUUAUUAUUUUUAAUUUUUUUUCCCGAAUUUUCUUGUCUUGAAGAAAAAGAAAAGCCGCUUCUCUUCUUCUACUGCAGAAACAGAAGAAGACCUUUGAUUCAUUUCAGACACACACAGUGUGCGUGAGCGUAGUUUGGGAAGUUGAAACGACUUGAUUUUUAGAAUCUAAGAUGUUUAGGAACCAGUACGACACCGAUGUGACGACAUGGUCGCCGGCGGGAAGACUUUUUCAGGUAGAGUAUGCGAUGGAGGCUGUGAAGCAAGGGUCGGCGGCGAUAGGCCUGAGAUCGAAGACGCACGUCGUUUUAGCUAGCGUAAACAAGGCCAAUUCUGAGUUGUCUUCGCACCAGAAGAAGAUCUUUAAGGUGGAUGACCAUAUCGGCGUCGGUAUCGCCGGUCUCACCGCCGAUGGACGUGUUCUGUCCCGAUACAUGCGAUCCGAGUGCAUCAAUUACAGUUACUCUUUCGAGUCUCCUCUUCCCGUUGGUCGACUCGUUGUCCAGCUCGCUGACAAAGCUCAGGUUUGCACACAGCGCUCAUGGAAACGGCCAUAUGGUGUUGGUCUGCUUGUCGGUGGCUUGGAUGAAUCUGGAGCUCAUUUGUAUUACAACUGUCCAAGUGGGAACUACUUUGAAUAUCAAGCUUUUGCCAUUGGGUCUCGUUCACAAGCUGCAAAGACAUACUUGGAGCGGAAGUUUGAGAAUUUCAUGGACUCUUCAAGAGAGGAUCUGCUCAAGCAUGCUCUUUUUGCACUAAGGGAAACUUUACAAGGAGAGAAGCUGACCAGCUCGAUAUGCACGGUUUCUGUGUUAGGAGCAGGAGAGGCAUUCCAUAUAUUGGACCAGGAAACCGUAGAAGCAUUGAUCAAUGCAUUUGAAGUUGGUGCUGAAGAGGGUCCUACUGAUGAGGGAGCAGCUGCGGACCAAGGUGGUGGUGCUACUGACCAGGGAGCAGCCUCUGCUGACGAGGGUGUCGCUGCAAUGGAUAUUUGAAGAUAUGAAAAUGACCAAUAGUUGCCUCCCCAUCUUGUCAUAGAAUGAGGAUUAUAAGAGAUGGUAGUAGAAAUGAGGUAAUGGAACAUGGUUGGCACCAAUGGAAGACAUCAGUUUCUGGUUGGAUAAUUUUUUUUAACGGUAUUACUUUCUCCUUUAUUGAUGAAACCAUUUAAAAGCUUGCCUAUGUUGGACAUCAUUUUAAACUCAUGUGUCGGGCAUCAUCUUAAACUCAAUACUUGGAUACGCCAGUUAAGCUUCUUAAUGGAACAUCCUGGUGAUGUUCAAUUGGAUUUUACUUGCAUUGGUUUUACGUCAAGAGGAAUAUUUUCUGCAUAAAUCUAGGUUUUUAAUAGGUAUCGUGCGGUGAGAUUUGUUGAUACUUAGGCUGGCAGAGACAGAAAAUUAUUUAACAAGAUAAAUUCAUGCCCAGAUAAAGCCUUUUAGUUUCACCAGUGCUUAAACGGGUGAGUGUGACAUCUAUUGUAUAUGUGGUUGAAGUUUGAUAGGGGUUUGUGACUCUUGUAAUAACUCUCCUUUGUGUAAAAUACAUAGGAAACGAGGCACGAAAGGGGAUUGCUCUUCAUAACAACAGCUGUAUUCCGUGGCCAAGUUAUUUCUCAUCUCAAGAAUGUAUCAAUUGGAUUGAAAGUCAUUUUUUCCUCUGGUUGCUUGCAAGUAGUAUC